GCAAAAGUCAAUCAAGAAGAAUGGCCCUUUUCUCUUCAAGUAGCAGGACUGGAUGUGAUCCCAAUUUCAGGCAGCACGUACACGGCUCCUCUGCAGCCCUGAAGCAGACAGCCUGGUUCCUUGGACGUCAUAUGAUAACGCUGGAGGAGAGCCAGAGAAGGACCUGUAUCUCAGUCACCGCGCACAGCUAGGGCCCCCUUUAUCUUUGCCAGGCAGGGAGGCGUAUCCUUUCCCCCCACACACUCCCACUCCCCUUCACAUACCACUCUGACUCCCUCUCUCUCUCUCACCAAAAUCUACUCUACAACCUGCUUCAGACGACGCCCCAUCGCCCAUGAGAUUCUCACUAACACACGUCGUUUUCGCUCGAGAGGAAGCCAUUUCUCCCUCUUUAUUGUCGGGCUGUGCGCUCGUCACGGCAUCACCUCGACAAUAACAGAAGGGGUGCCGGCCAGGAGAAGAAGGAGAAGAAGAAGAAGAGGAGGAGGAGGAGGGAGAGGAGGAGGGAGAGAAAGGGGUGUUAGAGUAUUGCGAAUUGACGUGCAGAAAUAAACAAGGAGACACCCCUGUUUGGAAGACGUCCGUGGCGGGAAGCGACAGGGAUCUGCAAGUGAGUAAGUCGUGAUUCAAAGUGGGCUCGCGCUCAUGUUUUCUUUGAUCUGACCUGUUUUUGCGAUUUUCCAGCGGCGCAUUUUUUUAAAGCACCCAGCCUUGGUAGCAUCCUCUGCGCCUGACAGGAGGUAUGACAGAGCGGGACGGAGGGAUAGAGACAUAGAAACAUGAGAAAAAUAUCGCCUUUAAAUGUCUUAAUGGUGAUAUCAUCUCUGUUGUCAUGAGCAUUGCUUUAGUAGAAGAGGCGCAGCGUCCUUACUGGCGCAUAAAUCACAAUAACACGCUGACAUCAAAGUCAGGUGCAGGUUUUAGGAUGCAUUAAAGGCAAAAAUAGCUGCAUUGUUAUGUCAUGUCAACAUCCCGUUUUAAAUGCCCGGAGGCCUAAUCACUAUACUGUACUUUGAUGCUAUGAUACAGUCGAGCAGACAGGUGUAGCAGGACGACGUGUUUUACGCAAAUGACUUUGAUGAGGCAUCAUGUUUUAUCGACCUGUUAAGCAAGGAGAGUGUUUCAUGGUGGCUUCGCAUUGGCGCCAACCGUGCAUGGCCGUCGCUCGCUGGGUGAGAGAUGCUGACAGGCUGCGCAGGCUUUGGAGGAGAGUAACAGGGUAUUCUGUGUGUUGUGAUGUGAGCAGUCUGCUCCAACAUGGCGCGCAUAAGCUGAAAAAGCCAUGGCCAUUACAUACUGCUGUCUGGAAUCCACAUUGUGUGCUCUGGGCCACUGGACUGGUAGUGAGGGUUUAGGAUACCACAGAAUGAGGCUGUGCAUCCCUGACUCUAAUGAAUGUCAGCUCAGGUUGCUAAUGGUGAUGGAGCCUGGCUGCUCUGUGCUGUCAGAAUAUCACGUAGGCUCCUGUGUGUGUGUGUGUGUGUGUGUGUGUGUACACUCUGUUUUCUGUGUCUAUUCCUGUCUUUGAAUAGGACCAACAACUCCUAGUUUUACUCUGUUUUUGUGAUUAUGUUUGAUCCCAGCAGGUAGGGACACAACCAGACAAAGAGUGUGUUUUUGUUUGGUCUUUGUCCAUUGUUUCUCUUGCUGUUGUGGACAAUAUCUCUGUUGUAAAGGCCACCAAGUUCCCGAUGAUAGUGUAGAGUCUGUGAACACAAUACGCCCAAUGAGUCCUGGAAGUUAAGACAGGACAUCAGCCCUUUGUCUUAUUGGUCGACAUAGCUGCAGAGACACCUGUUUGAUUCUUGGAAACGCUGGGGAACUGAGAGCUGUGGAAGCAACCCACUGUGUUUACAUGUUGCGUCAACCAGAGCUGUAGCUAUGGCUUGACUGGUUUGUAUUGUCCAUAUUCAAGUACACAAUCCCCAAGCAAGAUUUAGUGUAUUAGUAUUAGUCUGAGUACAUUGGUGACUCUAAGCUAGGUGGCCAUAUUACCGUUGGACCUUCUGCCAGCUGGCCCGUUUAUGUUAAAAGACACUGCAUACAAUUUAGGAAUGCACCGAUCCAGUAUUUGGAUCGGAUAUCAGAUGAAUGAUGCCGAUCCAGCGUUCUGAUCCAGUCUUUUGGAAGUCUUACUUCUUUUUGCUGUUUGCUAACGUGCAAUUUGUUAAUAAAUAGUUUUAAGUAAAUUUAUAUCUGUAUUAAUUUGUUACCUUUUUCUAACAAGGCUAAUGUCAUGCCAAGGUAUACAGUUCAUUUAUUCAACAGUAGUAUUGGAUUGGUAUCGGAUAUCGGCCGAUACCCUCAGCCCAGGUAUCGGUAUGAGAUUGGAUCGGGAAAAAAUGGAUCGGUGCACCUGUAAUACACAUGUAGAGGACAAGAUGAGCAAAGACUGCUUUGUCCACAGGGGGCGCCAAACUGAAAGUUCUAUACUGGAGCUUUAAUAUCAUGUCAACAUACUGACUAACUCUCCCUUUCCAUCAUAGUUUUUUUUUUCAGUGGUGGCAGCCCCAGUGUGAAUUGUCAUUAGUGGUCAUAAGGAACCAAAGUUACUUAAUAAAAGGCAUGAUUUCAAGGUUGGAACAAGUGCAAACAAAGCUGGGUUUGGUGUGAUUAUACAAGAGUAGGACUAACUAACAUGUCAUGUUACAUUUAGCUAAAAAAAACCAGGGGCCUUAUGUCUAAUCAUGAGUCAUUAGAAAAACACUUUUGACGCCCACUUUUUCAGGAAACCGCCUGGAAAACAUCAAACUGUGCUGUACUUUAUCUGCUAUGGUGGAGGGUGUACAUUAACCUCAAUGGUCUAACACUUUGGGAGUAUCCUUGUUUACAUCCAAAUACAAACCUAACAAAUCAUACAGAUCUCUGAGCUUACAAGCGAGUAAUAUUGAUGAUGGUGUAAGUUAACUUAUUAUCAUAAAGACUAUCAUAUCCAACACAAUAAAAGGGGAAGAAUUACAAUAUCAGAGGCACGUCUCUACACACGUCCUGUUUGAAGUCUCUUCUCUCAUGUUAUUAUAGAAGCGAAACAUGUUAAAGUCCACAUCAGGCCUCACCCUGACAGCAAGUGUGAGCAGUGGGUCUAUAUCCGCUCGGCUGCUCUGUGUUGUGUCAGCGACUCCCAGCAGAGCUGACAGCACUUGUCUUGUUCAACCAAUCAUUAUCCGGUUUUAUGACUCCGGACAGCCACAUUUCUGAGUGUGAGUUUUUGUCUGCUCAGAUGUAUGUGUGUGUGUGUGUGUGUGUUAAUGUGCAGCUUUGGGUGUGGUUUUGAGUCGUUGUUUGCAGACCAAAGAAAAAAAAAAAAAGGUGGAUUAUAUGUGAGUGUUGGUGACUGGAUGGAUCUGUGGAAAUGGGCUGCAACUGAGCAUGCACCCUGAUCUUAAUCUGCUGUUGAAAAAAAAAAAAAAAGCGUAUGAGUAACACUUUUACUACUAACCAAUUAUGCAAGGAGAGGACCUUUUUGUUAAAUCUGACAUCCACACUGCUCCACCAGAAAUUCUCAAUGAGUAAGUCUGCAAGAAAACUGAGCUGCUGCCUGAAGUGAAAGUGCAGAACUGCUGCCAAAGAGCAGAGUACACUGCCCCAGUAAACAAAGCUUAAAUAGAGACGGACAAAGAGAACGACAUGUAGCAUACAUGUCAUUAACCCAUAAUUAGAGAGUGAAUAAUCAAUAUAUUUGCAUUGGCAAUUGAUCAGAGUACUAGUUAAGAGGAAAAGGGGGUCACCAGGACAAACUAACUCAUAGUAUAGACUAAGCACUGAACUCUAAAAUCUAAGCACUGCAAAUAUUUCAGUGCCUUUGUUAUGGUUUGUCUGGCUACACAUGUGGGUCAGUAAUCAUUUCCCAACUGAACUGUUUUUACCUUAAAAGCCUUCUUAAAUCCACAUUUUACUGACUGUGCAACACCAAGGCAGACAGCCAAGUGUGUAACUCGCACAGGUCCAAUGUGGAGCAGUGGCUUAAAGCUCCUGUUAGGGCUUUUUAGUGGUGAAGAAACAGACUGAAAUUAAUAAUGCUUAUUCUCAAUGACUUAAAAAAGCAAAUAAGAUCACAAGUUUAAAGAUUGACUGUUUCUAUAAAAGUUACACUUUACACAACAAGGACGUUUGAUAAGCAAUAUACUUGAGAAUUCAAAUAAAGCAUAGAAUAAACUUAUACAGUAGUUAAGAAAUAAGAGGUACUGCUUUGGCCAUAAGGGGCGCUGGAAUCAGCACAAACAGGAAGCGUCUUACAGGAGCUUUAACGCCAAACCUUUAGAAAUGACAAAGAGCUUCGAGAUGGCAUACUUUUUAAAAGCCAGAUUUGGGCUGUUUCAGCUGGAUAUCACUGCUGACGGAUAGAAAGCUUGUAUCUUUUAAAACCACUACUUUACAGGAAGUCAAAAAACAAUUGUUUUUCAAAAUAAAUCACUGCAUGAAAUUCAAUCACAAGCUUACUUAAAGUACUUUCCAUCUGCUUGAUGUCGGAAAACAUAUUCACAAGCAUCAUGGGAGAACAGCAGUAGUGAUUAAUGCAAGAAAAUAAAAAUGAUUAACUAUGGAGAUAUGAGGUUUCUGCCUGAUAUGUAAAUCGUUCUCUAAGGCAUUGCUUGAAUCAUUUUCAAAGGCUAUGUUAUAGGUGUUUGAAGCUAUUUAUGGACGACGUUUCUACCUGUAACAAGUUUGAUGAGAGACUACAAAUGCAGCCUGUAGGGAAAGAUGGAUGACAUGCACCAAAGGGCCCAGGUUGGGAGUUGAGUCAACGGCAGCUGCGACAGCACUGUUGCCUCUGUACACAGACUCUGCGCACUCUGACUGCUGAACCAAAUUGGCGCCCUGCGGUUGGGUUACAGUCUGUUAGUUUAAUGUAUGAAUUGUUUUCUUACUCCGAGGCACCAAAACUGCUGAUGCACUUCUGGAGCAUUAGCAAGUGCUACGGUGUUAUAAGAAGUAGCAAAGGUAGCACAAUAACAUUUAUUUUAUUUACUUUUAAUAUAGUACACCUGCUGAUAUUGCACGAUUGCAGUUUGCUAGUAUUUCAGCUGAAGUGGUUGGCACAAUAGUAUAACCACAGGGGUCAUAUAUCCUGCCCCUGAGCGAGUAGCCUCAGAGUGAUGGAUAUUUCUAAUUACCCUCACUGACCCUGCUGUCAUUAAGAAACCAUUUAUGCCGUGCUUAUAAAAUCACAGUGCUAUUCUAGUCAAGGAAAAUGAAUGCCAUGCAUUACAGGAGCUCUUAUGUUACUGUUUUGUGCUGAAAGAUAGUAUUGUAGGGUUAAAGAGGAAGUGGAAGUAAAAGCUUUGCUCUGCUAGCAUACAGAGUGGAAAGGAGAAACAUCUGGACAGAUGGUAGAGAUUUGAGAUAUCAUUUGAUAAUGUGAUGCAAUCCACCUCCCCAUUUCUGGCUCGAAUUUUUUUCUCUUUCGAUUAAUCUUUGGCUGCUUUUUUUCUUCCUGGAAAGUCACAUUUUCUGUCCUUUUUUUCCAGACUUACUCUGAUUACAGCCCCCCUCCUUGCUGCUUUGUCAUGACAGAUAAGGCAAAAGAGGAUUUGUCUUUUUCACUCUCUUCCGGGCAGAUAGUCCGUCUUGUCAUUUUUAGACUUGAAGUCAUUUUAAUCUCAGAGAGAAAUGUGAUCAGGAAUAUGUGUUUGUUUGUGGAGUUGUGCUAUACACGCUUCCACACACACACACACACACACACACACACACACACACACACACACACACACACACACACACACAUCCUUGUGCUCAUAUGAUGAUCACCAGUUUUGUUGCACAGAUAAUAUCAAAAGCACCACUGAUGUGAAGCAGAGGGGUCAUCUGUCUUUUUGCAACAAAGAUUACCUGAAUUCGACCAGUUACAUACACACACACACGCACACUCAAACACACACACACACACACACACAUUCACAUCUGGGUUUUAUGCAAACUGAGGAGAAUAUUAGGACUCGUCUCCCUGUUUUUCAUACCAUAAUCCCGAAUGAGAUUGCGCAGGAUGAUAUUGGACAAACAUACUUAGCAUAACCAGUUCCGGAGCCUCUUGAGGGACUUAAGUGGGGAUUGGGAUCCUGCCAUAGGGGAAGGCCUAAUGGUUCCUGUGUAAACGUUGAGAGACCACUCCUAUAAUGAAGGUCCAUAGGCUUCCUAUUUCCGGCUCUAUAGAGUUUGCUGAUUGACCUGAGAGCACACAAGGACACCGGUAGAUGGUAUACUAUAGAAAUUGACUGCCUCAAACCGUAAAAGCACUGCCGUCAGCAGCUUAACUUGAUGCUAAUGCUGACAAUCAUUCCCACAAAAAGAUGCAGACUAAGGAUUAAGUUCGCAAUUAGAACAAUCUACCAAUGUUCUUUCUGUGAUUCAAAUGUUCGAGUCCUCAAAAUACAUUUAGCAGUAAUAGCUGGAAGCACUGAUAAGUAUUUUGUGCUUUAUCCUUGAACCAGCCAACAGUCAGGUGGUUGGUCCCCAAAGUGCUGCCCAUGGAUAGAGACAGAUUUUUUCAAGCUAAGGCAUAUGAGAACACUCUCACAAAGGAUGCAUUGUAAAAAUUUGGUUGCACUUGCAUACCAGUUUGGAGGCAGAAGUUGCAAAAGCAUUAACCCUUUCCUUGGUGCAUUCAGAUUCAAGCAAUUUCGUGACAGUUCACAGCAGCAGAAUUAGUGCUUGGUUAAUCUAGUGUCAUUCACUGCCAGCUGGUUAACUGAUUAAUUAAUUAGUAGUUGCAGCUUGACAUUGUGUGACUAAUGGAUAUAGACUCUAAUGGUUCUAAAGGGCCAGUUUUCACAAUGUGAGUAAAGUAGAUUGUAUUCAAGCUUUAGAGAAGAUAUGCUUCAUAAAACUGUUAUUUGUGAUACAUUUAUUCAGCCCUUUUACUGCUUUUUGUGUGGGUAACUUUAGCCUCUGGCUUUUAUUUUGAAAAGAUUUAAAAGGACUUUCUCUAAUUUCUCUCCUUGUAAAGUUGGGGUGAAGUUAAAACUAACCAGGAGACUACAUGAAAAAGUUUGAUAGUAUUAGAGCGCAAAGGAAAAUGCAGAAACAGCAUACCAGGUAGGUCAGUGUAUUAUCCGUUCAUUCAAUUAUUCCAUUCAAUCUAGUAAACUAAAAAAAACGAAAAAACAAGUCAAUAUUUUGUUUAUUUGUUUUUCUAUAUAACCGAAAAAUAAAAGAUUAGUGUUCGUUUACGUGUUUUCAGUUCAAAACAGAAUAUGUACAAGAGAUGGAAAUAAAAACAAAAUAAUAAAUCUGCUUUUCGUUUUCCGUUUACUAGAUUGAAUGGAACAAUUGAAUGGACUGAUAAUACAUGGACCUAGGUACUUCACUGUCUUUCAUGUGUGUCUGUUUUGCAAGGUAGCGUUACUCCCCAUCUAUCUAGCAUCAUCAAACUAGCAGCUUUAAGAAACCCACUAAGCUCACAAACUUCUUCCUUCCCUCCUGAAAACCUCAUACUUGCUCACAAAGGUCCACCUCCCUGAGCCCUGACGGUUCCUGCUCUACCCUGUUACUUAAGGAAGAACUUCAUGCACCAAACACCACCCUUCCUAACAAAACAAACCAACCUGCUACAUCAAGUAUGACAUGUACAUGCUUUUUUACGGUUAACAGGGUCCUCACCUCCUUGUAGUGGCGGUGAUCUGACAAAAAGGAUUAAUAAAUGUACCAUGUGGGAGCGGUAAGGACUAAAAUUAACAACCAGGAAACAUGACUCGUUUGUCGUUGUGGAGGUAAUAAGCGCAAAUGAGGCAGGUCGAUGAGUAGGGAUCCAUGGAAACAAGAUAAAGGUUUGUCUGAGCUCUGUGUUCCAGGAGGGUCUUGACGGGUCUCUUUACAGUCUGUGACAAAAAGUUUCGAAUCUGUGAGUGAACUGUUGACACGGUAGAAAUAUGAGGUAUUGUCCGUGGGAAUGGUGCUUGAAUCUCUCAUGACACCGGAGUUAGGGGGCUUUGAAAUGAGGAUAACAGCUUGAAUGCCUCAAGGAACUAUCUUGUGCCGUCAUACACAUCAUUUGAAAGAUGAUCACGUCUUGUACCUGUCAGAGAUGGUAAGCUUUUCAUCCUAUUAUUCCAUCUGUUCAGAAAUUCAACAAAGACUACGUUAUGCUGUCAGAGGAAGUUGCGAGGAGAAGCUGUUUGAUAAAGUAAGGUGAGGAAGUAGAAACUGAUAGCAAAGAUAAAUUAACAAGCCAAAGACAGAAUUUUGUUGCAAGUUUAUAAAAUUAAACAUUUAGGUGGCUAAAUCCUUAGCCAUGCAACCGGUAGUCAGAAUACUCAGAUUUAAAGAUGCGUAAUUUCAAGUGUGUAGCUGUAAGGAUGUCACCAAGCAGAACCAGCUGUUCAAGACUAAAAAUCAUUAUGGACAGGGAAUUGGUGUUACAUGCGAAGGCAUUGUGUAAACCGAUGAUGAGAAAUGAAAAAAAGCCAAGAAAAUUAAGGGCCUGUGUCCACGAAGAGCAUUAUUAGUGUUUGCAGCAUCCAUGACCUCAGUUUUUGAGCGGUCCUCACCGGCAUGUGUUAUUACUAGGCUACAAAUUCAGUGGCGUGGCAGAUUUGCUUCCCUCAGUAGUGUCCUUCAAGUCUUUCAGAUGUUCUGUUUACUCAACAUUUGCUUUAAUUCUGCUAAGGUAAAAUCAUUUUGUAGAACUGUAUUAGUAUUAGCAUUAGCAGUAGCUCUAGACCUAGAGAUAGUUACCUUACAAAAACAACUCUGGUUAGUUUCUCCUCUCCAAAUAGAUGAUAAAAUAAGCCCCGCCCUUCUUGAGUUUGAUUGGUCACAGAUAGAGGACAGACACUGACAAGCUUGGCAGUGUUCCCAAAACUGAACAGGUCUUAUCUGAGACAGCUGUAAGUGCUGCGACAACAAACAGCUGACGCUAAGGGCUUAGGGUGCUGGGGACUGAGCGCACAGGACUACACUGGUUAGACAUAGAACACAGAUGCUGCCAAAAAGAAAAAAAACAGGAAGUGUACACAGGCCCUUACUGUAAAGAGGAGGUGUUGUGGAAAAGGACUCUUAAGCUGUAUGAUAAAGUACACAGGUCAGCAAGUUCCUCACUGGUGUGUCGGUAGAAAUCGGUUUUGUAUAUUUAACAUUUUGUGCAUCUGAUCAGAAUCUGAUUUUUAUUUAUGUACUACAAUCCCUUUAAUAUUUACAAGGCGUAACUUUGAGGAACAUGGUUAUGCAACAUUGGGCAUUAAUCCACCAUUCAGCAUUUUUUUAAGGCUUUGCAGUUACUUGAAAUAACACAAAAUGCCAAAUUUACCAGCUUCUGCCUUAUAACUCAUCUCAAAUGCAAAUCCUCCAAUGAUAUUAAUACAUUUAAUCAAAGGAGAAUUUCUCUUUUUCAUGUUUGUUAACUUGCAUGGAGAUCUACUCUAUAAUAUCAGUGAUUCCCAGAGUCAGUGAUAUAAUAGUCUAUUAGCUUGUCAUUCUGGCACUGUGAGAAGUACACUGUCAGAGCUGACUUUCACUCCUCUCUGACCUCUUCAUCACACUUCACGAGUCCCAGCCUGUGUGUGGCUGCUCAUUUGUCGGCUGAGAAUGAAUGCUGCUCAGUAUUCACUCUCUCUUCAGGACUGACAGGGCUGGUAUUUAUGGGCGACCUCUGGGGGGAAAGAAGUUUUUACCCUCUGACCCCAGAAUGCUAACAUGUGACCUCAGCGGACUUCCUUCAGUUUUUAUUGGCACUGCGGUGUUUAUGUUUGACGGAUUUCGUGUUGCGCCUCAGAUAGAAGGAUGCGGAGCCGCAUGUGUGUUGGUGAGAAGUCGGGGUGUGCGUGCUGGUCUGAUACAAAGCGUGUGCGUGUGUGUGUGGCCGGUGCAGAAAGGCAGGGAGGAGCAUUGUUGUCCUUUUGCUCUUUUGGCCUGGAGGAAGGAAGCUGUGGAAAUGGGGAGUAGAGAGAAGGAGAAAGAAGUGACUCUAGUCUCUACUAUAGCCUGUGUGAGGGGGAUUUUAGAUUAGUUGCCUGUUGCAGACUCUCUCAGUUUUCUGAAGCAGGUUCUGGGUCAUUAAACUCGAGAGUCAUUUUCAUGACCGUCAUUCUCUCUGAAGAGGGAACAUUUCUGAGCUAGACUGUGUUAUUUUGUGAGAAUGUUUUGAUUUGUGUGUCUCUAUAUGCACUCCCAUUCAAAGAAUAGUCAGAAAAUAACCUGUUUUUGUUUGCGUCUGGGAUCUGAAGAGUAAGCAGUAAGUAAUUCAACCUGUCCUUAACCUCUAUUUUCUCCUUUUCCUGCCUCUCAGUGCUGUCUAAUUUCCACCGACGUGGAGGGUUUUGUUUGUGUGUGUGUGCACUCUGAGGAGACUCAUUAUGAUGGCAGAAUAUCAGUUAAAGGCUCUCGCUUUUAUGAGUGAACACCUGAUUGAACGCAUUUUCCUUUCACGCACUAGACGAGCUCUGCAGAAAUGGGUUAUUAGAUUUUUGUUUGCCAGUGAUGAAAAAGUGAAUCCUGUUUGGAGGUGAUAUUUUAACUUGUAACAUGUUAUGAACAACAAACUUAGUGUGGUUCUAGCUUUAUUUUCAUCAGCUCAUUGAGAUUAAUGACCAGCUCGUCUCUAAAGGCUUCUAUACCUGCAUUUCAACCAAGCAGUUCAGUAUUUGCUUUUCCCAUGGGGAGUCAAAAUAAAAAAUCUGUACCGUUUUACUUUGAGACACUGUUCUGUUCUGAUUCUGAAGGGCUAUCACCCCUAACCUGUUAUUGACCCAUGAAAUGAUCAAUUAGCACCCGAUUUUAGGUUGGUUUUUAUCCAUAUCAGGCAGUGCUUUCAAGUGUUAAACAGGUGUUGGUCCUACCAGUGAGCAACAGACACCAGCUGAGCAGGAAGGGGGCACAAAGAUGGAUGCAGAAGGGAGGGAGAAUAAACACCAGCAGCCAACUUAAUGCAUGACAAUUUCUUUACGAAAAAAAAAAAAAAGCUGUGCUAGUUAUUACGAACUGGCCUGGACACAACUUCAAAAUAAAAGCACUGAGUGAAGACAAAAAAAGGGAGUCUCCGCACAGGGAAAAUUCACAGGUGGGUGAAUUGCAGCUGUGUGCCAGGAGGCCAAAGCGCUGCCCCAACUCUUAGCCUGUUUUUAGGUCGACUGAAACUCAGUAAGUAAGUAUUCCAAUAUGGAGAUUACCACAAAAAAGCCCCUUUAAGAACCAUUGUGUCAGAUCCACACAGUCUACGGUCUCUCCCUGUGUUCUUCUGCUCUUUCUCCUGUUGCUUCUGUUUCUAUCAUUCUUAUUAGACGAGCAGAGAGAGGGCAACCCAUAUGGUUACAAUGUUGUAGGUGUCAGAUCCGUUCAGACAUUGUGCAUUGAAGUGUUUACUAUUUAAUUAGGCACGGAUGCUAUAAAACAAGCUUUACAGAAAUCUGUGCAUUUAUACGAGUAUGUGUGAGCGUGGGAAGACAGAUCCGAGUGUUGCGUUUUGUCUAAUUCCAGCUAGCCGUGGUGUUUGUCGAAGAUAAUCCCAGAUUAGUGGUGAUGACACCAGGUGAAAUCUACCACGAAUAUGCCGAUACAAACAGCAGAAUGACAGGCUGCUGUCAGUGUAGCAGCCUUCUGAAUUUUCUCAUGUACAGUUUUGGACAGCUUGUCUUUGCUGACCUUUUCACCCAGAAAAUACGGCUUUAAGGUUUACAAAGCUGUCCUGAACUUUGAGAAGAUGUUUUCGCAAGCUGUAGAAGGUUUGCAGAAAACUAUUAAAAGUUCUACGAGUGCAUUUUGGUAACAGUAAGGAUGAUAAACCAUGUGAAAUGACAGGAAAACUGUUGUCAGAAUAGAGUUAAAUUGAGGUUCUUGGCCCAGUAGGACUAAGGGCGCGUUCACACCACCCUCGUUUAGUACAGUUAAACCGAACCCCUGAGCGUUUACCCCCUUGGUGCGGUUCGUUUAGGUCGGUGUCAACGCUGACCUCGAACUCUGGUGCGGACCACAUAAACAAACUCUGGUCCGCCUGAAGAGGUGGUCUCGGACCGCUAUUAGGUGAACUCUGGAGCGGUUCAUUUCUGGUGUGAACGUCAUCCACACCAAUCACAGGAAACGCACCAAAACAAUACAUAAAUAACAAUACAGCAAGGCUACUUGUAAUGCUGGUUGUGAAAUAAAUGUUGUCCGCUCACCUCACUUGUCCUGAUUGACACCAGAGAGAAAAUCGUGGUAGGCUCUCAUUAAUGCCUGUCGCCAUCUCGUCUUUAUCCGUCUCUUGUUUGCAGCACGUCUACAUUGGAAUGUAUUCAUUAAUGCCGCAGUUCACGUUCGCUGGCUAACAAGCCGUUCAUACGCGCAAUCGACUAGCGUCUUUUGAUACGCGCUCCAAAUGAGUAGCAACAGCAAAAUCAGCCUACGAUGCUCCAUGACAAGCGAAGACAGCAGAGUGCGAUUUGUAUUCCCGCAUAAACUAAUGACCAAUAACUGAAUGAUGUUCGCGGUCUCGUGACCUCCGGUUCCGUUUUCUGGAGCGAUUGAGUUUGUCCUUUGUGAACGCAAACCGGACCAGUUAAACAAUCAAAACAAAUGUAUCGUCUUGCCUUGUAUUCGAAUCAGGAAACGGACCUUUAGGUGUGAACACGACCUUAGAUCUGAAGAAAAGAGAUCAUAUGUUCCUACCUGCACAUUUCCUGUUUGCUCUAUCCUGCCAGUUCAGUGCAAGAACAACGAUUCCUGCACCUUUGGGAUUUGAGUUUUAAAUGCACUAUGGGCCUCUAAAUCAACACAAUUUCCCUCGACAAAGAUGCACAGCAGGAUUAUUACCCAUUACGUUCCAUAUUACACAUUAAGGUCGUCACUCUUCGCCGUGUUCGAAGUGACUUCUGGUGCCAGAGGACUGCAAGCACAAUGCUAUUAGAAGAGGAUGCUGGUGCUCUAUUCAGGCAGUUAAUGUGUUCCUGGAAAUGCUAAAGCAGCAGUCGACUCAUUCGGGAAUAGAGCCGGUCAUUAGUCUGUUUCCUUGACUUCUUCCGCCAUGCACCUGCUUUGACGUAUUGACAGAAACAUCCCUUGUAUUAGUUUGUUGUUUGUUUGUUGCAGCCAGCAGACUUACUUACAUCUGGUGUGUUUAUUUGUCUCAGUGUCUUUCUGCCGGUCAGCUCGUGAGCAGCCGCAGACUUCCAUCAACAUUUUGUUUUCCCUCUCAUAAAUGUAAUCACACCUCUUAACUGCGCUGCAAAAACGCCCGUCUGAGAGUCGGCUUUCCUACCUCAUAAGUUGGUACAUAAUUUAUGAGAGCGGCUGCAGGACAGAGUGUGAGGAUGUUCCGACAAGGUAGACAUAUUUUUUCCCCGAUACGUCUGAAAGAUUCAUUACAGCUGUAGAGCUUUAAGCUUUGAGGAGCACUAUUAAAAUUUGGGUUUGAAAAUAGAUGCAACUUGGAAAAUCUGAGCGCUCAACCUGAAGCCGGUCCAGCUGACAUCUGCUAAACUGUGGCGUGAUCAAAUCCCAGAACAAUUUAAAGUUUUUUCCUCUGUCUGUUGGGGUUAACUGAUCAUGGUUCUGCUUUUCAGAGAGUGUUUUUUUAUAUCAAGCCAAUUUAUCUCAUCUCUUUACUAUUUGCAUGUGGGUAUUUCAGGGGGGGUUGGAAAGCGGUGGUUUUGAGCUAACUGUUGGGCCUCCCUAGGGUGCUACAGGCCUAUCACAAUAAACCACCAAAGAGGGUUAAACCUAUUUGAUAACCCUGGUCAUGUACCGGCUUUGGCUGUUCAGCUCUCUGCAUGUCGGGGUUGACUGCUACAUGGAUAUUACAGUCCAUGUGAUUGGUUGUGUAACUUAUACAUGAUGAGGAUGGGUUUCUGCAUCGAGCACUUCAUGUUUUUCAUUAGUGCAAGUAGAUUGUGUUUGUUUUACAUUGUUUGAUAUUCAUGAAUGGGAAUAGGCAUGUAAACAAAGCUUACCACUCCAACAAAUAAGUGUUAAUUAAAGCAGGAAGACGACGUUUAGUUGCUUCAUUUCUACGCAGAUCUGCCCUUUUGUUACCCAUCUUUUUGUAUUUGGUUUUGUUUAAUUAAAACUUAUUCAGCUGUAAUCCGUAAUUCCUCCAUACCUCGAGUCUCAGAGCAGUUCACACCUGUCGUAGCCGUGCAGAAGGAGUGCGCCGCCUCAUUUUUGCUGAUGCUCAUAGUGACCUUUCACAGGUCAGGACGGUCAGCUGCUGCUUCCACGCCUCCUUCAUACCACUGAUGAGCUGAUCCAGAUGAGGCUCGGUCAGGUAGAUGCCCUGCUUCCACUGUAACCUAAGGGACAGGAAGGGGAGGCGAUUAGUGGAGAGAAUAAGUUGUAAUAACAAAACUCUUGUUUUUAUCAUUAAAUGCAUAAUUUUCCUCAUCUCGUCUGAUUUCUCUCCUCCUGCAUCUCCAGAUGUUUUCUCACUCCUCCUGUUUGUGCUGGAUCAGUGAGAGGCGAAAAUUAGAAAGAAUGUGUCUAGACAGUGCAGUGUGUGUUCGUGUGUGUGUUCAUGUGUGUAUCUGGGGGUUGAUCAGAUGAUUGUGGUUUUGCUUUUUCUCCAAAGGCUCUCCAUGUGAUGGUGAUGUGGCUAAGUGUUAGAGCAGAGAGCAGGGUUCUGUUUGGAUAUAUCUAUGUAUGCGUGCUAUGAUACACCCCUGAGGUUUUCUGUCCUCCAGCUGCUGUGAUUGGGCACCAGAGGAACAAGCAUGACCUAAAACUGUACGCCUCUAAGUGUAUAAAGAGGAGUCCGUGUUGUACCAAUGCCUGCUUUCGUGCGGGAAAAUAAAAAGUGCAGCAAUCGGACAAACCCUGCAGCGAGGGCAAGAUAGGGAGCUCUAUUGAUAUGCUCUCAAUUGGAUCUUUGUUAGGACUAAUUGGGAAUGAUGCGAGAAAAUUUAAACAGUGAUGGUGAAUGUCCUGGCCAGUCAUCGGGAAGAACAACACGAUCAACCAGUAUUAACACAUUGUGCCGGAGCUGGGGAAGAAGUGGGUGGAGAGAGAUCUAGAGUUGAUUUGUCAUCGCUCUUUUGUAACAGUUUUGAUGUACCAACGCAGUGAAAUGAGAAUCCCAUAUGUGUGUUGUGAUACAGUUUGAGCCGAGGUCAGAAAAGGCGAGCUGCUGCCGAGAUGAUGAGCAAACUUUGUGUGCUUUUAUACUAGAUCGCCUCCAGCCAGUAGAAAAAUGAAUCUUUUUACACAUCUCUCACUAACAAGAAUACCAGAGGAUGAGAGUUUCUCUUCUGUUUUUGAAGAUUUCAGCAAACUUUAGACAAAUAUAUUCUCAUAGCUGCUUUUUUUUGUUCUCGCUCUCGGGUUGGAGCUUGAAUGCCUUUAAUUUGAGAAUAUAAAUAGGUCUUCUGUUAAACCUUUCAUUUCAAUACUUCUUGUUUGAUUCACAGUAAAAAAAAAAGGCAUCAUUUAAAUAAAGACAUUAGCAACAUUUUAUAGCUCACUAAAUAUUCAGCUAGCAAUCAGUUAGCAUUAGCCUUUAAGCGCCCUAGCCAACACAAUGGUAUGAUGACAUGGCGUGAUUAAAAAAGUUUGCUAACAGUAAAGCUACAUGGUAAUAAAUGGAAGGUUGAUGGUAGAUAAGCUAUUGUUCAACUCCAGAUUAUGCUAAACCGUUUCUUCUUGUGCUAAUACACGCUCUACAUUGAUUGAUGCUGUCAUUAGCUGUUCAUGGCUAAGUUUAGCAAGCUACCUGUAGCUAACCAACUUUUCUGUUUGAGUCUUUUAUAUAAUAACUGCUUUAUUCUUUAUCAUAAGCUUGAAAUUGAUCAAUGCAAAUGUUAGCUGUUACUGUCAGAGCUGAAGACUUAAUAAUAUCCUGUUGUACUUUUAAACACGCCUCCUGUUCCUCUGGUUUUAUAAUAUCAAUCUUUUUCAUUCAUGUCAUCAGAAAAAAAUGACAAAAAGACAGUUAUUUGUCAGAUACCGAACAUUUACAUGAUAAAAGUCAACACUAUAACAUCAUUAAUGUCUUUUAGUAGUAGUAUGAUUUCAAAGGAAGUGGCUUCUACGUGAAAAUUGUUUUUGGCUUUGCGAAAAUCACAUUUUUUCAUACAAAGGUUUCAUUAUAUUGAGUGGAAAACUUACCAGUUCUUAUUAAACCUAUAAAUUUGCACUCAGUUAAUAGUAUUAAUCUCAACCAUCAAUAAGAGUAUCUCAGGUAAGAGGAGUGACACGAAAUAAACAGCCUCAUGCAUUAAAGUCAUGAAACCAUGGAUCACCUCUUACCUACAAAUCUGUAACAACCACUGCAACUUCAUUCAGUCUUAAAUAAUCUUAUCUCGAUCACCAGUUUUGUCUAUAAAAUGUCACAAAACUGUAAAAAGUCUUUGAAUACUGGUCCAGUAAUAGAUUAAGUAAAGUAGUGUAUAAGUAAAUAAGAAUUUCCUUAACCUACAUGCUAAUUCAGCCGACAUAAUCACACGUUUAGUGCGAGAGGAUGUUAUAUAAUCUUCUGCAGCAUUAAUGGAUAAGUUUAACAUGAAGAACAAACACUUGUUGAGUGCCUGAGAGCACUUCUCAGUAACAGACACUCUUUGAUAAAUACUGUCUCAGAGGAGAUUCCAAUCUUUUUUUACAUUUAUAUCUUUGUCAGAGGUCGUGGGGAAUUUUCCACUGGAAAGAGAUACAGUAAUUCAUUCACUGGUAGAGUUUUAUGUAAGACUUAAGAAGAGGUCUAAUACUGUCAUGGUUUUGUGCCAUCUGUGGUGAGUAAAAGUGAAGUCCUCUGACUCUUUCUUCAGUCCUGCUUCCGUCCAUCCUGCUCGGGUCUGGAACUUAUUAGUGCAGGAAUCUCCAGCAGUGCCCUACCAGCACAUUAGCAUGCCAUUGCUGACUCUGCCUGACAGGAAAGAGACACUGAUAUAGUGCAAACAGACGGACAUUUAACCUCAGUCAGCGGGAAGUCGUUGGGAAGUAAAUAGUUGUGAAGGAGAGUGAGGGUAACUUCUGAUGCUGCCGAUGGUAACGCUUGAUUAAGACGCCCUCUCUCUGUCUCUCUCUUUCAGGAUGGCUGAGGUGUCACAAGAGGAGAGACUCCAGGCCAUCGCUGUAAGUUACCUUUCAUACACAGACAGUCUUUUCUUUCUCAGAGUGCACACCAGGGCACACUGAUGGCUGCAGAAACAACAAAUCAUUGCAGCCUGUUAGGGUUUGACCGCCCAGUCUUAAUGACUCAACCUUUUAAAUCCCAUCUCCUUCACCCAUUAGAGGACAUCGAGGGCUAAUGCAGCAGCUACAGCUCACUGCACAUUUUCUGUCUGUCUCCUAGUGUCUCCUCCCUACUGUCUGUCUCUCUCUCUCUGUUGGUCUGAUGUUCAUCUUUAGCUUUCUAUUCAGCUUUGAAUGUUUCAAUCUAAAAAUCACACAAUUUAAAGUUAUUGGAACUGAUUUGAAUUUCUUUUGUUGUAAAAACAGUGCCACAGAGAUUUUAAGUUUUAUCUUCCCUGACUGAAAUGUGAGACUCGAGGGCCACAGUGUAUUAUUCCUUCAAGGCGUGUGGUUUAUGAUGCUCUUUGAAUCGCUCAGUAGACGCAGAGUAACCAUAAUGUGUGUUUACAAUAACAGGAGAAAAGGAAGAAGCAGACAGAGAUCGAAAACAAGAGGAGGCAGCUGGAUGAUGACCGACGGCAACUCCAGCAUCUCAAGGUCUGCAUACGCCCACCUUUCACGUAUAAACCCAUUAGGAAAAUUUACCCUAUUUGUGCUUGUAAACCUGUGGGAAUAGCUGUAGUUCGAGGGCAAUUUGAUAAUAUAAACCUCAAAUUAAUGUGGGAGAAAAAAGGAUGGCUUGCUAGCUCGCUAUUACAAUUCAGUCAGGGCCACUUUGAUGCUUUACAACAAACACAGGUAUAUUUCCACAGGUGAUACUGCACAUUCAAGACUGUGAAUUAACUUGUGUCAAGCUUUCAUAGAACUUUGCAAAAAAAAGGACUUUUAUUCAUUUGUUUGACAGCUGGUUUUGGGGCACAUGGCACCAGAUUACCUGUUAUUCCUAUGGUAUGCAGGCCGAUCUAUCAGCUCCAGGAGAGAAAUCCAUCUUCUGGGCCUUGAGUGAAUAAAAAAACAACACACAGCGUUACUUCACAGUCAUUCAAAACACCCUCAGAACAGUUUAAGAACGCAUUUACAAUGAGACCGACUCCAUUUAUUUUGGCUACACUUAAACACACACUGAAAUCAGUUUAGAAAAAUAAAAGCCAGCUGGAAAGUAUCUGUAGAUGUUUUUGUAUCCUGUUUGAAAAUGUGCACUGUCAUCAAUAUGUCUCCUGCUGCUUUUCAACCCACUUUCCAGCGUGGGCGUCUGGGCCGACCAGAAACUUUUGAUCCCUUGUGUGGUCAGCUACCAGUUGUUCAAACCGGUCCCUAACCGGUAUAACAAGCCCCCAACUGUCCUCAUACAUCCUGUGCUGGAUCUCAUGUUGUCUUUCUUUGUGCCCUCUGUCUGUAUUUUACCUGGAAAACUCAGGGUUGCCAAAGUGGAUUGGUGUAUUUUUCUUAACCCUGGCUUCAACAUCUGAGAACACGAUAAUUCCACGUUGUUUGAAAUGUCCUGCAGCACUCCCUCUGAUAAGAUUAAGAAGUAUUUAUGAAUAAAAUUCUUUCCAAGACCAACCUGAACCCAUCACAAUCCCCUCACUCCCUCACUAUAACCAGAACUUGAAACACUCCGCCCUGUGUUUUCAGGAAUUACACCCUGCGUAUCAGCCGUUUUUUAACUCCCUAACAGCAAAAUCAGAAAAUUAAACAAUUCCUUUCAAAUCCAUCAGUCCCACAUGGAGAGAUCCUCCCUAACUGCUGCUGUCACGGUAUGUUCAGAACGGACAGCAGAUAACACCGACAGCUCCUCCGCAUGCUGUUUGUACACACACACACACACACACACAGACAGACAGACACACUGUGCAUGUAGGCACACACUCAUUAUAUCAGAGCCAAAGCUUUUGUCAGCGCAUGUGUCAGCACUAUCAAAGCUAUUUCAGCCGCAGACAAUCCAGCAGGUCACAGAUACAAGAAAGAGGUUGUGGUGUGUACGCGCCUGUGCAGGUCAGUGUAUCUUUGUGGCUUAAAGUGCCUGUGACCUGUGCGGUUGCCCUUGCGUGCUCCCGCUUUUUCUAUUUUCAGAGCGAAACCUUUGUAAGUGUGUGUCUGUGCGUGCGCGCCCCGUUUUUGUGUGCGCCGCUUCAUAAAAGAACACAGAAGCCUCAGACAAUGGGGUGGGCUUUCGCAGAGGAAACAGAUUUUUGUCCCACUCCCACCAACAGGAAACAGCUCUUGGACCCGCCGCACCCCACUUUCGUCCCACAAGCAGACAAACCCGCGCACACACACACACACACACAUACGCGCAGACACACUGAGGGGAAGUGUAAUCACGCUGUACAGGAGCAUUAGAAAGCUCUUUGUGCAAACCGCAGCAAGUAUGGCUUCUCCAAAGGCGUCGUCCAUGUGGAAAACCCAAUAAACAUCUCCUUUACACGCCACAUUUUUUUAACGAGGGUGUACCUGUCCUGCUCCAACAUUAACUUACACUAAUACUGGAAAAUAGACACACAUACGCACAGUCGGGGUGGUGAGAUGAGGUCAUAUGACGUUAAAACAAAGUGUGAAUAGGAGUUAUGUUUCUAAUUAACAAGUCUGAAUUAGGACCUCAAAGUGUCAACAACGCGUGUUAGCUAAAUAUGUGAAACACAGAGUUUAAAGCAGAGCAUUUAGACCCGUUUACUGUGGCUAAAGCUAACCACACUGCCAGAGACCUGGAACUCUAAAGCUACUCUGACUUAUUGAUCCGCUCAAAAAACUAAGGUGUGACAAAAAAAAAAAGUAUUUUUUCAGGGACUUUUAUGCGAAUAACUUCACAGAGGUGGUUACUGUUAGGUUUGGUUUGCUGUUUAGCUGUUUCUGUCAGUUCACUAGCUUAAUUUGUGCAACAAAUUUCAUAAAAUUGAAGAAGGUUGAAUUUUUUUUUUUUGAUCAUUUUAGCUUAAAGGUGGGGUAGGCAGGAUCUGAGGAAGUGCCAGUUUUGGGGAGAAAUCUUGAAAGUAAACUCUACCCCUCCCAACCAGUUUUCCCCUCAGCUCCUCCUCUUCCCUCCCUCUCUGCUCCAACAAGCCCCGCCCACAAACAGACGCUCCUGCUCGCUCGUAUCGUUCCAAUUAAAUUCAGAUAUAAUGCAGAUAAAUACUUCAGAUCAUUACAAAUGGGGCCCAGUCAAGGUGAAAGUCAAAAGCAUUGGUGCUACUGUAGAUGCCAACAGACUACCAGCAAACACAAUGUUUGCAGGACUUCUACAACGAGGAUAAAGUGACAUAGUCCAGGACCCGAGGUCAACACGGAGGUCCCGUUUGACAAGAAACACUUCUGUUACACUUGGCUUACUUUGUUUAAGCGGUUUACCUGUCCAGCAGAAAGGUUACAGGGUCCGUAAGAUCGCAAAGCGUCCCCCAUCGUUUAUGCUGAUGUUGACCCGCUCUUGUCUGGUCUACCUCCUUUUUAAGCGCCCGUUAUUCCUCCAGACUCUCCAAUAUUUUCUUCAUUUUCUUGCUUGUGUUUUCCGUACUUUCUGGUUGGUUUCUACUGUCUGAUGUUGUAGCACGAUAACUUUGUUUGGGCUCGUUUGCACGUUAUUGGAAGACGUAACACAGACAUAACAAAACACAGCGAUAUUGUUAUAUUACAAAAUGUCAUCAAUAACUAAAAGCUAUUGACUGAUAUUAAAAGCUUUUUUUGUAUAUACGCCACAAAAAAGAUGCUUCUUUAACGGAUACCUGCCUACCCCACCUUUAACUCACAGCAAUACAACAGAAAUACAACAACAGAUCCACCAAUUUAUGGUCGUCAGAGUUUUUCACCAAGUUAAGCAAAGUCCAUCUUCUCCUGACUGGUCUAAGCUUAUUCAGCAAACAAACAUGAAAGUUAUAUUCAUUACACGUGUGUCUCAUGGCAAAUAAGCAGUUUCCUUGUAAAAGAGGAGCUCCUUUUAAGAGUUUUUAAAGCUUAUCUGAACUAUUUUAAACGCUUAUUCAGCAGUUUGAAAAAGCUAGCAGAGUAGUAGUUGUGAAAUUAAAGAGAUAAACUCGUAUUUCGGGGAAACUGAAUCACACAUUUAUGAUGAUUUAUAAUGGAUGUCUUUUCAAGGAGUAGAAGUCACUGGGUAGAAGGAAAGAUGCCAAGUCAUUUAGAAAUAAGCCCUUUUCCCUACAGCUGCUCCGCUCAUUUGGACGUGAGUGUGUGUGUGUGUGUGUGUGUGUGUGUGUGUGAGGGGGUGAGGGCCUGUAUCACAAUUCCGCCCUUUGUCUGCUAGCUUACGUUAGCAGCUUUUACUCGAAAGAACAAUGGAGAGAGACAUAACUUCAGCGUGCAGCUUUAUGACUGUCCGUGCAGACUGGUGUGUGUUUGUGUGUGUGUGUGUGUGAGGGUCUGUGGGAUAGUGCGUUUCUGUGUGCACGUGCUUGCGUAUGCAUGAGUGAGUACAUUAAGUGAUGUCAGGGAUUGGGGUAAGUAGGGUGUGGCGUGAGAGUGAGCAAGAUUUAGAGAGUCGAGUUGGGAGCAGGGUUAGAUUCAGGACCCGGGAGACCACGCAGAGCUGGAGUAAGAAGAGUGUUGAAUUACACCGUGUGAAUGUGUGUGUAAGUGUGUGUGUGUGCAGUGACAGAGAAAGCAGGAAAGAAGAAGCGCUGGACUAGACUGCAACACAAAAAUGCAGAUUGAAGCAUAAACAACCUGACAUUUGCAAUCUUAUCCAGUAUAGCAUCCACAAAGCAGAAGUUCAUGAACUUUAUGAUGGAUAGAGAUGCAUACGAGAGAGGAAGGGCUGUGUCGGAUGAGGGGGGAAAAAAAAAACAAGGGGCUUUUGCUGUCGAAAUUCUUGUUGCAUCACUGCAGAGGAAUUCACAUCGAGCACAGGUCCAGAUUUUCAGUCCAACUAGUGAAAACACGAGCUUUUUCUCGCACUUUUCCAUAUGGCCAUGCAGGGUUGUCUUUCACUGCACGGUCUAACAGCUGCGAGUAAGACACACUGUUAUAUUUACCUCAAAGCAUGCCAAGUAUUCGCUUUGAUAUUAGCUUAUCUGCAGGAGGGAAUGUUGACGAGGAGUCGAGAUGGAAAUACGGGGAUGUUUGGAAAUCGAUGGAGGGAAUAAACGCGGAUUAAAGCGGAGAUAAAGAAGUGGGAGGUAAAGGAGUCGUACGGUGUGAAAAAUCCACCUCAAAACAAAGUGUACGUGUGUUACUUCUGUGUCAAUGCUUUCAUCAUCCAUGUGUGAAGUUAUCUUGUUUUCCGGUUAACUUUAUCUCCAGUAAUAAUAAUAAAAAGCUUACAGUCUAAAAUCAGUUCAUUUGGUCACAGUCACAUUUCCUCUUGGAAAUAUUUGAUGCGGUCUGAGAUUAUAACCAUUAUGUUGUUUAUCUUUCACUGAGUUAUCUAGAUUUUCAAUCACAUGCACAAUCGAGUAUAAUAGGGGAAUUAUAUCUUAGUUUGGAGUUUGUGCCAGACGCCUUGAUGAUCUGGACGGGUGCCACAGUCCACUUGGCAACAACGAGUUGGCAGCGGCUUUAAGUAUGUGACGGAAUCAGUGAGUGGCAGCAGUCAGCAGAGGCGUGCUGGACGGACUCACUGGUGAAUUUUUUUUUUUUUUUUGUUCUGCAUUCGCUAAAGGGCUUGUUGUUCUCGGCGAAAGUGCCACUAAUCACAUCACAAAGAAAUUACGCUGGCGUCAGAGUGAGAGAGGCUGAGAAUGGGUGGCACUUUGGGAGGUUCUGCUAAUGAAUCAAUCAGCUGCUUCAGAAGAAAGAGGCCUGAUCAAAGGUCCUCCAGCUGAUUUACAAUGAACACAUGGGGUUAUUCUGUUGAAACGUGUUCCUCUUAAACCAAUUACAUUCAAGAAAAGGAAGGAAUUCAAUCCUCUGCCUUGGUUUAAACUUUGUCGAAAUUUUUCUCUUUCUAGUCAAAGGCACUGAGGGAGCGCUGGUUGUUAGAUGGAGCCCCAGCAGAAGAAGAAACCCAAAAGCGUCUGCAAGAAGACGAGGUGAAGACCAAACUCCUGGAGCAGGUCAUCCUCAGGUCAGCAUCCAUAGACCUAAACCACAAAGUGCAGAACGCCUUUGUGUUUACAAGAGACUGAGUCCGAAAGUGUGCAGUUACUGGCAUGAAUACAUUUGCCCAUUUCCAGUUGAAGCUGCAGGAAGAGUGAAGGCGUAUCCUCUCAUUCUUUGAGCCACGGCUGAAUGAAUAAUGGAGGAGAAUUCUUAUGUCGCCCCAGACGACAUCAGAGACAGGGUUGGCUGAUCUCUGUGGCUGUGGGGCACAGUUAGCUCAUAGGCGGGCAGGCGAAUGAUGUCAUGUGUGGCAAUGGCAAGAAACAAAAACUGAUGGAUCUCAAUUUGAGUGACAUUUAAGACAUUGAGUGACAUUGAAAGUGUAAAUGAAUUAACACAUUUAUCAAGGUUUAAGUGUGAGCAUAGAUCAAAAAGAGCUCCGCAUUUUGGCAUUUUAAAUCUUGUAAUGAAAUGCAGCUUGGAUCAGCUGAAUUAAAUAUUUAAGGAACCCUCCUUUGUCCUAAUUUUAAAGGUGUUUAUGUAUUUAUAAGUUGUCUUUUGUAUAUAGUCGUCUCUGUCAUGUCGAGAAAUCCCAGAUUUUAAUCAUUUAUUUGCACUUGUGUGUGUUUCUGAGGCAGGCUGGAGCAGGAAAUUGAAGAACUGGAGACAGACACACCACCCAAAAAGGGUGUGGCCAAAGAAAAUGGAGGUAAGUUGAGUACCCAUGGCAACAAAUGGUCAUAAAAAACCAUGGCAACCCAGCCCGAACACCUGUGACAGAGAGAGGGAGCAGGCUAAUAAUGGCCUCUUUAUUUGGUCUAUUAAAUAGACUUUUCCUGCGGAGGUCAUUAAAACAAUAUUUCCUCUCCUUCUUUGUCACUCUUACCACCCUGUUUCCUUUUGCACUCUCUCAACCUCUCAACGGUGCUCUGGUGCCCCCUUUAGGUGAGAACGGAGUAGUGCAGACCUCCGGUCAGACCCCCAAAAGAGAGGUGACAGGCAUUGAGGCCAAACUGCUGGGUCCCAGUCCGGACCAAGCUAGCGCAGACAACCCCGUCACCCUGGUGUUCAUGGGCUACAAGACCGUGGAGGAGGAGCAGGAGACCAACGCCACUCUUGGAAUGGAGGGCGUUGAUGGCAAUGUGAAAGCCGAGUUUGUUGUCAUCGAGGAUGGGGAGGGGAAGGCGGGAGGGGAGGCAGCCACAGACGAGCAGGCUCCACCCAACGGGAGCAUGGCGGAGAAAGAAAAGGCCAACGGAGGCGGGGAGGAAGGAGAGAAAGAGAAGGAGAAGAAACAGACCUGCAAAUGCUGCACGGUCAUGUGAGCUGGUUGUGUGUAUGUGUGUGUGUGUAUGUAUGUACUUGUGUGGGUGGGUGAAUGCACACCUGCUCCUGUGCAGGCAUGUGCACCAUUGCAUGUGUCUGUAUCUGCAGAUGUGUGUGACUUUGUGUCUGUGUGGGAAAGAGUGUGUGUGUGUGUGUGUGUGUUUGUGUGUGUCCGGACUGGAAAAAAACACAAAGUACAGUUCCACAGCCAAUGUACCAACAAUGAGAGCCAAAACAAGCUCCAGCUACAAGAACAAGAACCACAGAGACUCAUAAGUACACUUUGCUCUGUAUACUUUCUCUGAUAUGUAUUUGACUUUUGAUUUCUAUUGAUAUUUUUCUAUUUUUCUGUCUUGACAUUUAUAUUGUAUUCAGUAUGUAUAUCUUUAUUAUGGGACUGUGUACUGUAAGUUCAUUGUUAUUAUUGUUGGAAAAAAAGAAAAUGUAUUAGCUCUCUGGAUUGUACUGCUACCCUCUGGGGCAAAUCUGGAAACUUCAAAUCAUUUAAGUCAAAACAGCAAACUAUGAAGGACACAGAUACUCAAAUAUAUAUAUUUCUCUGUGUAGGCCUACCAACUAUUUAUCAGUCAAUUUCAUAUUGCAAUAUUGUCUAAGAUAUUAUUUUAAAUAGUAUUUUAAUAUAUUGAUAUGAAAUUAUGUUUUAUACAAUGGUAUUUAUUGUUUUGGGUUCUCUAUAUCAUCUCCAACCAUUAACUGCAUGUAAGCUUGUUAGCACUACCAAACUCGCGUUACAAUCAUAAAAAGUGUCCGUGCUUUCUUUAGACUCACGUGCUCAUAUCUUUAGUCACACAGGUCUUUCUAUCAGUAACCGUUUCUAGAAUUGGCAGUGUUAGAUGUGCAUUACGUUCAAAAAGAAACCUGCAUCACCGAGAUUAAGAGGCUAAUUAGAGCAGUGACCAUGUUUCAAACCGCAUUAGCUUCCCAUAGAUACUAUAAGUGACACAUGUACAUGAAGAUCGCAGCGUUUGUAUUUUCUAAACCUGAUGGAUACACUCACUUUACGACCAUUAGAGUCACGCAGAGCCAUCGCGCAGCCGUUUGAAACGCAUCAGCUAUUCCUUUCUCUCAAGAGUAGAAUCAAUGUAAAUCUUAUGAGGUAGCACUGCAUGAAGCCUUGCAACUGUUUGGACUGUCUUGUCACUUUGUCAGGUCUUUAUUAUACGCUCUAUCACGUUCACAUGAAUGUAAAUCCAGGGGUUAAAUUGGGAUUCAGUCCACCGUAAUGAGAGGAAACGGUGAGAGAGAGAAAAAAACAAAACAAAGCUUUUUGUCUCUUUAUGAACCAAAUAAAAUCUGAUGAUACUGUUAUUUCACUGUGUGGUGUUGGUCGGCUGCUGGUUUCUGUCCCAUUCGCUCCCAGUUUAACCCCUGACUCUUUGUCUGUAGACCUGGGCCCAAUAGUACUCGAAUAGAUCCACAAUGAAGGACAAUAAGGAGGAACUUGAACAGACUUUUUACAAAUAAUGAUGUUUCUGGGGAAAGAAAGUAGCUACACAGGAAAAUAAGCUUUCUAUUGAUAGGCCAUAUUAGAUAAGACUAUAAGAUAAGUUAGUGAUCAUUUUAAACUGUAGAGCUCCCAGCAAGAUCAGUUCUGCACGUUUACAAUCGAGGUUAAGUCUAUUGAGUUACAGUUUGGCCCUCGUCUCCUCACUUGUUUGGCAGACAGUACACGUUCUGUUGAGGUCGACGCCCGGGACAGUGAUGCGUCAGCUCCCCCGGGCUCGACCAUGUCUCUGAUUCACCUUUCACCUUCACCUCUAUGUCACAACCGCACGUCUUCAUCCUCGUCAUCGAACGCACACAAUCCCACCUCCUAUGCUCGGAGACACACACAGUUUGAAAACCUCUGAAGUUGGUGCUAAACCUGACUCUCUCGUCUAACACCCUCCAUCCACCAACUAACUUUCUUUCCGACUCUUUCCCUCAUGUCGUACUCACAGAGGGGAUUGUGGGAAUCUACUGCCUCCUGCAUACACUCCUUGAUAAGAGAGUCUUUUGCAACCUUCAGUGCCAGAUGCAUUCUCUCAAGUCCUGUCUGCGUUAACCACCAGAGAAAUGAUCCCUUCUUACAUUCCACAGGGAGGUCAGCAGGCGUGGACAGAUGAAAUAUAGUCUAUGCUUUCCAUAUGUGCAGUUCCACUGUAAUUGUACAACUUGCAACCUUGUUCCUUCUCUUGACUCAUGUUUCUUUUUCUUUCCUAUGGCCUCUUUCCAAGGCAGUAUACUGUAUUUGAUGUGUGUAUUUUUAAAAAAAGAUGACUACAUCUGUGUAUUGUUGGUGCCUUUGUCAGGUUCAGUUGGUUGGACUUGUCUGUCUGCCGCCAUUUUUUUGGUGCCGGGGUUUUUCCUGCUCUGCUCCUGGUCAUGAUAACCCACUGCCUUCUAAUCUUGAGGGGAUACUACACAACAGUAGAAGAAAUAACAAUCAUUUCUAUGACAAGAAAUGCAGCUCAGAUAACGGAGAAUAUGCAGACUACUCUUAGUCUAAUGAACAACCUUUAAAUAUACAAGAAACUACACCCAAGGUGAAGCACUUUGCCAGGAUGCAACCUUUAUGCAGGAGAUUAACAGACAGUCUGUGUGUUUAUGGACUGUAUAAACACAUGUAUAUAUGUGUGCAUACAUAUAGGUAUACAGACAUCUGUACACAUAGGAAUACAUGUGCAUUUGCUGAGCUUAAGCUAUGCUUAAUAGUGGGUCUCUGGGGCAGCAGCAGAAAAAGCAACCUUGUGUUAGACCAAUGCCUGUUCAUCUUCUCUGUGGUCGUCUAAAUGUUUAAUCUUGAAUAAAACUACUGUUUGUUUACAGCAAGUCAGA